AUGGAGAGGAAUUUGCUGAUAUCGCUACUUCUUUGUAUCAAUGUUUAUGUAAACAGCGCCCCGAUAGAGGGGCCUGGACUCCUACAGGUUCAGUUCCAAGCUCCACAACCAGCAGCAAAACCUCCUUCUGAAGAUGUAUUGCGAGCCAUUGAGACGAUAAACAAAGCUCCACAACCAACAUCAGAACUUCAAUCUGAAGAUGUUAUGAGCACCAUAGAAAGGAUGAACAAAGGAAUCGGAAAACUCCUGCAUCACAGCGAUAUUAAAACAAAGGAAGGACGCAGCGCUAUGGAAUGUCCCUCUAAGAACUGUUUUUGGUCUAAAUCUGCCAACGGUCUUGUUAACGUUCCAUACACAGUGGAUCCUCAAUUCACCGUGGAUGAAAAAGCUACCAUAUCAAGAGCUAUAUUGGAGUUUGCUACGCUGACCUGCAUCCGUUUUGUCCCACGCACUUCAGAAGCAGAUUACGUGAACAUCAUCAACGAUGUUGGCUGCUGGUCCUUACUGGGCUAUUCUGCAGGAGCCCAGGACUUAUCUCUGGAUAGAAGCGGUUGUGUUUAUCAUGGGGUAGUCCAGCAUGAGCUAAACCACGCCCUGGGCAUUGAUCAUGAGCACAGCCGAAGUGACCGCGACUUGUACAUCAAAAUCCUAUGGCAAAACAUUGAACCCGACUACAACACCAGCUUUGAUAAACAUAAUACCAACAACCUAAACAUGCAAUAUGAUUACACCUCUGUGAUGCAUUAUGGAAAAUUUGCGUUCUCUACUGACUACCGCCUACAGACCAUUCAGCCCGUCCCUGACAAUGGUAUCAGCAUUGGACAGAGAACAGGAUUGAGCAACCUGGAUGUGGCCAAGAUCAACAAACUCUACAGCUGCAAUAUCUGCUCCUCCGUAUUGUCCGAUGCCACAGGUGUUCUCUACUCUGCCUCCAACCCUUCCAAUUACCCAAACAACUACAACUGCACCUGGCUCAUCCGUCUGCCAAUCAGCCAGAUACUCCUGCAGUUUAAGGCGUUUGAUGUGCAGAACUCUGUUGGGUGCACAUCAGAUUACAUCAGGGUGUUUGAUGGUCCCAGCAGAACAUACCCAUUGCUGCUGGACAGGUCAUGCGGCUCCGGAAUGAUGCCCUCCCUGGUGUCCUCUAGCUCCGUGAUGCUGGUGGAAUUCGUCACAGAUGGGUCAAUUACAGCCACCGGAUUCAAAGCCUCAUACAGCACAGUGAGCUGCGGCGGGACUUUGGUCAACUCCACUGGGACCGUAUUUAGCCCUGGAUAUGAAAAGCAGCAAAAUUACCCUGCUUAUAGUGACUGCAUUUGGACAAUCAUCGCUCCUUUGGGAUACAAAGUCCAGCUGGCCAUGGUUAGUUUCAGCCUAGAGUCCAGCAAGACAUGUUCCUACGACUGGCUGGAGAUCAGAGAUGGGGUUUUGUCUGCCUCCCCCCUGGUAGGACCAGCGUACUGCGGCAAUCAAAAAAUCCAGCCAAUCACUUCCACCAAAAAUGGCCUCGUCCUGCAUUUCGUGAGUGACUAUUCUGGACAGAGCACCGGAUUCAUGGCAUAUUAUUCCAUCAUUCCGGCUUCAUAA